AUAAUAAUAGGCAGUGGUGCUUCCGGUAUAGCUGCAGCUACAAGACUUUCGAAAAACAGCAUCGGAAAUAUCAGGAUAUUGGAAGCCGAAAACAGAAUCGGAGGAAGAAUCAAUAGUGUCGAGUUUGGAGAUGCCUAUGUGGAUCUGGGUGCUGAAUUUUGUGAUGGAGAAGCUGAUAGUAUUGUAUACAGUUUGGCUAAAGAUUUGGAUGUACUGAAACCUUUAACUUAUAAAAGCAGAUUUUAUCGUUCAAACGGAGAACAGAUCAAUGACGAAACUGCAAAGCGAAUACUUAAAUUUGCUGAAUCAUUAUUGCCAUCUAAUGAAAGCAUUCCUGGAUGUGAACAAGUGGAGUCUGUUGGGAAAUGUUUGGAUAUAAGAUCCAAGACAUUCACAAGCUCAGCCAAUAACGACAAAGAAAAACAAAUAUUCACAGAAUCCAAACUUUGGACAAAAGCAUUUCUGAGCCUUAAAAGCCCUUUAAAUAUAUCCGACUUAAAUCUUCAUAGUGCUUUUAGACUGUGCGAAGGCCCUGAUAGCAGCUGGAACGGGCACGGAUUUAAAACAAUCUUGGACAUUAUGAUGGAAAAAUUUCCAAACCCCAAGAAGCUGCUUCCGAUAUUCGAUAAAAUCCACUUGAAUCAAACUGUCAUUAAUAUAUCAAACUGGCAUAACAAUCAGAAAGUUACUGUGAAGACAUCGAAUGGGAGUAUUUUUGAAGCUGACCAUGUUAUUUUUACGCCAUCUCUAGGGGUUCUGAAAGAGAAUUAUGGUAAAUUAUUUGAGCCUGCUUUGCCAAGGGAAAAAAUUGAUUCUAUUAAUCAAACUGGAUAUGGGGCUAUUUUGAAGAUAAUAAUGCAUUUUGCUGAAAAAUGGUACAAGAACGAUGUUCAUUGGGUAUUUUUGUGGACCGAGGAAGAUAAAAACAGAGCAAUAAAGAGAAAUCUGGAAUGGUUGCUUGGAUUGGAACGUAUAUUUCAAGCAGAAAACAAUCCGAAAGUGCUCCAAGCUUGGUUUAUGGGCAACCAUGUGCCUCAUAUUGAAACCCUCACAGACAAUCAAAUAAGGGAAGGUCUAGAAUAUCUUGUCAACACAUUCUUGGCUUCACAUUAUAAUGUAACAAUGCCUGAUAAAAUAUUAAGGACAUUUUGGUAUUCAAACCCCAACUUCCGAGGCACGUAUUCUUACGACUCAAUAGAAAAUCGUGUCGAAGGUUUUAGGGAAAAAAUGGCAAGUCCUUUGCUCAAUCAAAAUGGCAAAUUGACAGUUUUAUUUGCGGGUGAAGCUACUCAUCCCUAUUACUUUGGUACUGCGCACGGUGCUAUAGAAUCUGGAUACAGAGAAGCUGAUAAGGUUAUUGAUUUAUAUAAAGGGGAUUUAUAGGCCCAGUGACUAUUGUUACUUGAAAUAAGAUUAUUCACAUAUUUUGUUUGUUAUUUUGUGAUAAUAAAAAAAUGAUCUAUUGGUAAAUUAAAUAUCUGCAUUAUAUUAUUGUGAAAUUCUGAUAAAUGGGCAUCUAAUUUUAAUCAAAACAAAAUAAUUUGAACAUAAACAUUAAAUAGUGAUAAUAAUUAUUUGAUAACACACACAGAGUCUUACAAAUAGUAAUACAUAACUAGUUCUUAUGCAAGUUUUUCAGUAUGUGGCUUAAAACAGCAAUAUUAAUUCCAAUUUUUCUUAUCCAUGGUAUUAUUGGUUCAAUUAUACCAUCAGAUUCAGCUAUAAUUGUGAUAGGUAGUGGACCAUCUGGUAUAGCUGCUGCUACAAAAUUAUUGAAAAACAAUUUUACAAACCUUAUAAUAUUGGAAGCUGAAAACAGAAUAGGUGGUCGUAUUAACAGUAUAAAAUUUGGAAACGCUUAUGUGGACUUAGGCGCAGAAUAUUGCCAUGGCCAGGAAGGCAAUAUCGUCUACUCAAUGGUAAAAGACUUGGAUGUAUUGAGGCAUUCUGUUAAUAAAUUUCCAGUAAUUCGUUCAAACGGUGAAAAAGUUGACGAAGAAACUGUGAGGAAAAUUUGGGAGUUUACUGAAUCAUUAGAAGCCACAGACAAACCACUGCCCGAGUGCGAUAAUGCUACGUCUGUAGGAGAAUGUUUGGAUAUAAGAUCCAAAGUGUUUGAGGCUUCUGGCAAAAACGAAAAACAAAAAGAAAUAUUUUCCGAAGCUAAAAUAUGGAUAGAGUCUUAUAUCUCUUCUCUAGACAGUCCUUUGGACUUACAUGAUUUGAAUGAAAACACUAAUUACAGAAAAUGUGAAGGAGAUUUGGGUAUGCACUGGAAUGGCCAUGGUUAUAAAACAAUUUUAGAAAUAAUGAUGCAAAAAUAUCCCAAUCCUGAUAACCAAUUACCAAUAGAUGAUAAAAUAUUCUUCAAAAAAGUUGUCUCAAAUAUUUCCGAUUGGCAAAAGAAUGAUAAAGUUAUUGUAACCACAACAGAUGGCAGCAAAUAUGAAGCUGACCAUGUAAUAUUUACUCCAUCUGUUGGUGUACUUAAGGCUAAUCAUCAAGAGUUAUUUAUGCCAGCUUUGCCCACAGACAAAAUAAGCGCAAUCAAAAAUAUCGGCUUUGGAGCUAUUUUGAAAGUAAUUUUACAUUUUCCUGAAAGAUGGUAUGAGGAAAAUGAUGAAUGGGCCUUUCUUUGGAUAGCUAAAGAUAUAGAAGAGCUUAAACAGAAAAAUUUUGAAUGGCUUUUGGACUUCAACGGUAUGGUUCAAGCUGAAAACAACCCAAAUGUACUUAUUGCUUGGUAUGCUGGUAGCCACGUUCCUCUGAUUGAAACUUUACCAGAAGUCAUAAUAAAAGAAGCCCAUGAAUAUGUUAUUAAUAAAUUUUUGGCUCCACAUUAUAAUGUUACAAUGCCAGAUAAGAUUAUAAAGACCACAUGGUAUAGUAAUCCAAAUUUCCGAGGCACAUAUUCAUAUGAAUCUGUAAAGGGCCGUUCACAAGGCAACUUGCAAGAAAAAUUAGGAAGUCCUCUAAAAAAUGAAAAUGGAAAACUUAGUGUAUUAUUUGCUGGUGAAGCUACGCAUCCACAUUAUUUUUCCACUGUUCAUGGAGCCAUUGAAAGUGGAUAUAGAGAGGCUAAUAGGCUAAUUACGAAUCAAAUAAAACACUGAUAAAAUUUAUAUUUUACUGAUCAAUAAUAAUAAUUUGAAAUAUUGCAUAAUUUUUUUUUCUCCUAAAGGCCCAUACUGUUUAGACAUCACAUAACAAGCAUUUUGUAAAUUAACAAAGUUUCUCACUUAAAAUAAAAAGUAACGCAAAAAGGAAAAUCUUUAGAAUCUAGAUCUUGUCUAAAUAAUUGUGUAUGUUGCCAAGAUUCGUCGCCUUUGCCUCCCGACAGUUUAGCUUCAAUUACAAUGUACUCUCUUUGAGCAAAAUACCACGUCUUCAAGGAAUCUACAAUAAAAAAUUAUUAAUUUGGCAAAAAAUUAAAUGGAAUCUUCAAGACUCACUUCCAAGAAUCGGUUCAACUACAUCACCGCUGUAAAUUUGAGCUUUUAUAUUUCCAUUUUCGAAAGUUGUUUGGGAGAACUCGACAUGGACUCUGUCUAAUUGUUUUUUUGAGUUAGAAUCGAAUUCAAAUUUCCAGGAGAUGUCUGCAUUAUCUGUACCU